AUGGGAUAAGAAUUUUAUAAUAUGUAAAAUAUUAAAAGGCAAAAAUCCCUUUUUGAUUAAACAUUUAGUUAAAGAGCAACAACAACAGCAGAAUCAAAAAGGACUUGCAAAAUGCCAAUAUAGAUUAUUGAUUUCAAAAAUAAAUUUGAGACUUACCUUUCUGGAUAAGCCUCAUGUGUUGAUGUUAUUAAAUAUAAUAACAGCUUGCCAACAAAAAAAUAUAGAAACAGCAUUUUAACAAAAAGAAAGACUUUUCAUGUUACACAUACCAUUACUUAAUAAGAAACGAUGAUUGAUUACAAUGACAUAAAAGAAUUUAUUGUUAACCAUGAUUAAAACUAUAGUGAAAUUAAAAAAACUCUAAAUACUCAGCCUUCUCUACCAGAAAGAAAGUCCUCAAAAUAAGGAUACAGAACUUAUAUUAAAAGUGAUUAUUAAGAAAAUAAACGAUUAAAUCACUUGAAUUUAAUAGCAGAAGAUUAUAGAUCCUAAAUUAGAAAUAAUAAUUUAGUGUCGAGUCCUGAUUAGUUGAUAUUUAAGAAUAAGAUCUAAGCAAGAACUAAACACAUGGCGUUAAUCAGACCUAAAUUGGACUCAGCACACAUAUAAUCUCGAAUAAAAUAAUUAAAGUUGGAAAAUGGAACUAAAUAGCCAAUUGUGGAAGUAUAUUAAAAACUAUUUCGAGCUACAUCAGAUCACUUUCUAGAUGCUUUAAAAUUGAAUUGUAAUGUGAAAACCAAUGAGUUACAUAAUAUUGGAGAAUUAGAUUUCUACGAGUUGGACAACAAAUAAAACCCAAUUUCAGAAAGACUUCCCAAAAAAUCUUGUUAGGGGAUCCAAAAAUCAUUGAAAUACAAUAAAAAUUGUCCAACAAAUUAAGUUGAUGAUUGCAUAAUUGAUGAAUCUAUAAUUUCAGAAACAGAAGCUAAACUCAAUAUCUUUUAUGGCCAAAGCAAAGAUUAUUAAAAAAAAAUCAUGAAUAGAAAUGAAAAUCCGAAUAAAAUUGUAAAUAUCAUUUCCAAAAUUGACUAAAUAAGAGAAAACAUCUACAAAGUCAAUAAAAAUAAAUUAUAUUGUGAUUGA